CAUUCCAAAUUUAAGCCUCCGCAAAGCAGCUGACCCGAUAUCCGCUGGAGGCCAGAAAAAGUCAUUCAUGUGUUUGCUUACCAAUUUUCAUUGCAGGCUCGUUUUCGUGUGUGAAUGUUAAAAUAUACGCUGUUUUAUUUACCAAGAGGUAUUUCGACCGUACCAAUACAGUACGGCAUUCAUGUGAAUUUUCUGUGCUUAAUUUUUUUUUUCAAUGCCAUACUGAAACCCAUUCAAAUUUGAUGUGGUUUCGCAAGUGUUCCUAUUGUAAACAAGAACAAGCCAAAAAACCUAUCCCGUAGGUUAACCAAGCGAUAAAACCUAUUAGACAGCACCCCAAUAUUCUAACAACCGCAGCCGUCCGAGUGUGGUGUGUUUAUUUUACGUGUUAGUCGAAGGAAAUGCCACGACUUCACUGCGUAUUCCUUUCACUAGCGCUGGUUCUGUUGCAAACUUCCGCCCAGGUCCGGUUCCAGGAUGACGACAACAUCAAGCUUAAAAGGGAAUCCCACCGUCCCAUUGAACUGUCCUUAGCAACGAUUGGAAAUUUGGCAAAUCUCUCGAAGGACAGUAACAUGAACGAAAUUCUGAAAAACCUUCUAGUAGAGCGGGUAGUCGGUACUCCUAGCCACGAAAAGGUUCGUAACUACAUCGCCGAUUACAUGAGAAAGCUAGAUUGGAGCGUGGAACUGGACGAGUUUGACGACGAAACGCCAAUUUUUGGCAAACUUAGGUUCAGUAAUAUUAUUGCCACCUUAAAUCCAAACGCAGAACGAUUCCUAGUGCUAGCGUGCCAUUACGAUAGUAAGUACUUCAAGGAUCAGGUUUUUAUCGGUGCAACUGAUUCGGCUGUGCCAUGUGCCAUGAUGAUGGAAAUAGCUCGAUCGCUGCAAAAACAACUGGCGGAAAAGAAAUCCGACGACUCUCUGAGCAUUCAACUUAUUUUCUUCGAUGGAGAGGAAGCUUUUCAGCAGUGGGGACCGAAGGAUUCAAUCUACGGUGCCCGACAUUUGGCUGCUCGCUGGGAAACCGAAAACAAACUGAAACGAAUCGAUCUAUUCGUUCUAUUGGAUCUGAUUGGUGUUCCCGAUCCCAGUUUUUACAGUUACUUCAAAAACACCGAAAAUUGGUACGUCCAGCUGGUCAACUCCGAAGAACGACUCGAUCAAGCCGGUCACCUGGAUCGCUACACUUACAGCAGCGUAACUCCGAGCCAGCGCACGGUUCGCUACUUCCAGCCCCAUUCCUACUAUUCCUACAUCGAAGACGACCAUGUCCCUUUCCUGCAGCGGAAUGUUCCGAUCUUGCACGUCAUCCCCAGCCCGUUCCCGGAGGUGUGGCACAAACUGAGCGACGAUGGCAAAGCCGUCGAUAUGAGCACCGUCGAGAAUCUGAUCAAGGUAUUCCGGGUGUUCGUGGCCGAAUAUUUGCACCUGCGGGCAUGACCCGAGCCGAAGCGCUCAUCGGAGCGCGACGAUCUUUAAAUCGUUCGAUUAUUUUAAAUGGCUUACCAGUUUUUUCCUUCUUUAAAAAUUCUAAAACUUGUUUUAGGUUGACUUAAAAGUGCAAUAAUUUUUAAAUCUUAAAAGACCAUCACAGAGCAGUGAUUCUCCGGCAUUAGAUAACUAUUAACUUUGUCCCUCCCCAGCAGCAACUCGGCACUCGGUACUUUUUCAACACUGUUGAGUAUUAUUAACCCGGUUGACGAACCAUUGAAAUGUAAAUAGGUAGUAAUUUUAGCAGUUUUAGGUGAAAAACAUGAAUGCCAUUAAACUGUUUUU